UCAAAGGAAGUUGUGCUUUAAAAUAUUUUGGAAAACCUGGAAAGAAAAAUUUUCAUGAUACUGGCUGCUUGUAUUAUUUCUUGAUUGAACUAAAGACUGACUAAGAAAAAAUGUCAUAAAGAAGUAAUACUGGUUUAAAGUUUCUCUUUCUGCUUGGGGUUUUAGGAAGAAGCUAAUGUCCAUGAAUCCUUCAGAUAAAAAAACAAAAAAAUCAGUUGUCAUACCUGAACAGAAAUGCAGGAUGAGAAAAAUAAUACCUUCCAUAUGAAAGUGUGGGCGUAGGAAAUGUCCAGCCCGACUAAAACUUCCAUGGACUGAACUACAGGGCAAAAGCAUGCAAAGUCUUCGCUGUGUUUACAGAAAUGGAAACCUGAUCAGAAGUGAGAAGUUAUUAGAAAGUUGUGAGUGGUUUCAGACAAGAUGCUUCUUUUUAAAUUCUUCCAGAUGUGGCAAUGAACAUUGUCAGACACAGUCAUUAUGUAUGUCUGGGUAUGGAGAACACAUCGGAACACUUCUAUGAAGCUUUGCAUUAUAAAUCUUGUAUCGAGAUUGCCUGUGAUGCCUGACCAGCAGCAAUUCAAGGUGAAAGGAAAAAACCAGCAUGUUCCUUAGUUGCGAUGCUGCUUGCAAACCAGGAAGGGAUUAUCAGUCUUGCUUACUAAUCAAAGACGGGAAGGAAUAUUCAAGGAAAAUCAGUUAUGCCAAUAGGGUAUAUGGCCUUCUGCUCAGUGCAUGAAAUAAAAGCUGAGGUUUUUUCUGUGUCUUUUUGCAUGGAUGGCUUUGCCAGGGAGAGAGGUUAAGAGACAGCCUAGGAGCAACUCCUCCUUUCUUGCAGUGCAGUAUGGUUAUUGCAAAUAUAUACUGUCCUGACUGAUUCCUGAGCACUGGAAGAAACCUGUGGAGUCCAGUCCAGUCAAUUCCUGCAUGAGGAAGGAUAUUCUUCUCCAGAGAAGCCUUCUUACCCUUCCCAAAAGGGCUUGAGAUAGGUACCUUGAAUACUACUGAAGAACUCACCUGAGGGAAUAAAAAUGUGAAACUGUCUUUCAAAAUGUGCCUGAUGUCCUUUCUGCCAGCUAAUAAGUAACGCCAAUAGAUUACGCAAGUGGAAGCCCAAGGAUGGGCUGUUUUGUUUAGACAGCAAAUCUUGAGAGAGAAUGACAGCCUGCAAGGGACAUCUCUGCUCUGACAAGGAGCAACAGCCUCAGAGAAAGUGCACAGCAAGAGAGCAGGGGGCAUGGUGGAGGGCAGCAAUUCAGAUCAACACUUGCCCUUUCAGGUCCUUUCUGCAGGGUGCUCUAUAUUUUUGGGUGAGCACUCUGCACACAUGGAGCUCUUCAUCUUCUGCAGCCUUUUGCAGGCAUUUAAAUUCACCCUGCCUGAUGGAUUUAAAGAAGCCAAUACACAAUAUCUUUUGGGGAGCACCGGGCAGCCCCAUCCCUAUUAGGUCCAUGCUGUUCUUUGCGAGGCAUCUCGGUACCAACAUCCUGAACAGCCUAUUCACUAACUUCACUUGAGAAAACUUCUAUGAACUGCUCCUGUUUGUAAUUUCUUGUGUUGAGGAGGUCUUCGUAUGUGCUCCUUCAGGUGCUGUGAAUUAAAAAUAAAGCAAAGAAUUACAGACUCUGGCAUUAAUUCUGGCUGAGCAGGAGUCCUGCUACUGAGGGAAGGCAGAAACUCUAAUGUGUAAAGCCUCAUAGUGGAAAGAACUGAAUCCCGACAGGGAGUGUGAAAACCUUGGCUGCUGAAGGAGGCAUCCAGCUCUAGACCCGAUAGGAAAAGUAGUCAGCGGAGCUGUCAGUCUGUGGUCCCAAACAAGCAACAGAGCUCUGUUAUCUAGGAGUAUGGUGAUCCCUGAAGAGUGUUGGCCUGUGCUCCCUGUCCUCCUGUACUUUGUGGGACGAGUCAGUCAUCCACUUGUAGUGGAACUUGGCCAGAACAAAAGCAAAGGCAGUUGUGUUUGCAGAGGAGUUCAGUAUGAUAAUCUUGCUGGGAUUUCUGCUGCAGCUGGAGUCAUGGGCACAAGGUGAACUGCUGUCCAUCAGGUUGUUGAAUCCACACCUGUGCUGUUCUGAAGAUCUAUAUCUCUGGCAAUGCUAGCCUUCCUCUCCCACUACCAGGAUUUUUCCACCUGUAAAAUGAGAAUAAGUAAGAGCACUUGUUCACCUGGAAUUGUUACAGACCCCUGAGAGAGCACACUGCAGCCUCCCCUCGGGAUUUCCAGUGUUCUUAUAGAACAUCUCAAACUUGCUCCUUCUUAUACUUGCCAGUCCCUGAGCAGCCACUCUUGGGAAAUGCUGCUGUAAACACAUGCAGUUUUGUUUCUUCUGGGUGCGCAGUUCCUGAAAUUGCAAUGGAAAAGUCGUGGAUUUCCUCCUGGACCAACACCAUUUCCCGUCAUUGGAAGCAUGUGGUGGAUAAAUUUUAGAGCUGAUCAUGGGAGCCUGAAAAAGCUGGCAAAAAUCUAUGGCAACAUUUGUACCCUGUGGCUGGGUCACAAACCUGUUGUGGUGCUGUAUGGAUUCCAAGCUGUGAAGGAUGGUCUCACCACCAACUCGGAGGAUGUUUCUGGGCGACUACAGACCUAUAUCUUCAACAAAAUGGCAAAUGGAAAGGGUAUCCUGGUCUCAAAUGGUCUCAUCUGGAAACAUCAGAGACAUUUUGGAAUUGGAGCUCUCCGAAAACUGGGAAUGGGGAACAAAGGAAUGGAGCGCGGGAUACAAACCGAGGCCCGUUAUCUGGUCGAGUUCUUCAGGGACAAAGAUGGAAGAGCUGUCGACCCGUCCUUCCCUAUUGUUCAUGCUGUCUCUAAUGUGAUCUGUGCUGUGGUUUUUGGACAUCGUUUCUCCCGGGAGGAUGAAACCUUCCGCCAGCUGAUUGAAGCAUACAAUUGUAUAGUGGCUUUUGGGAACAGCUACACUUACUAUGUGUGUGAAAUUUUCCCAUGGGCUGCAGAGUACAUCCUAGGACCUGCACAGAAAGCAUCACUGUCCUGUGAUUUUGUUCGUUCUUUCAUAAGGCAGGAAAUCAAAAGCCACAGGGAAAGAGGCAAAAUAGAUGAACCAGAAGAUUUCAUUGACUUUUACCUGGAUCAGAUAGAGAAAACUAAAGAUAUCCCCAAUUCUACGUUUGAUGAAGACAACAUGGUGCAGUCUGUUUUUGACCUUUUCCUGGGUGGCUCAGAGACCACUGCCACCACUCUGCGUUGGGCUCUGCUCUAUAUGGUGGCUUAUCCUGACGUCCAAGAAAAAGUCCAGAAAGAGCUAGAUGCCGUUCUGAGUCCUUCCCAUCUAAUCUGCUAUGAGGAUCGGAAGAAACUGCCUUAUACAAAUGCUGUGAUUCAUGAGAUCAUGCGCUUUGGUAGCAUUAUUUUAAUCACAAUUCCCAGAGAAGCAGUGAAGGAUACAACUGUUCUAGGGUAUCAGCUUCCAAAGGGCACUAUGAUUAUGGCAAACAUAGACUCGGCUCUUUUUGACCCUGAAUACUGGGAGACCCCUCACCAGUUCAACCCUGGUCAUUUCUUGGACAAGGAUGGAAAUUUUGUGACCCGAGAGGCCUUCUUAGCCUUCUCAGCAGGCCACCGUAUAUGUCUGGGAGAGGUGCUGGCGAGGAUGGAGCUUUUCAUCAUCUUCUGCAGCCUGUUGCAGACGUUCAAGUUCACUCCACCAGAAGGAGUUAAGGAAGUCAACACAGACAUUGUCUUUGGGAGCACAAUGAAACCCCAUCCAUACAAGCUCUGUGCAGUUCUUCGCUAGGCUGCUGGGUAUUACAGAUUUGAGAAAUUGCCACAGGUUUGCUAGUGUGCUGAUCUUUUGUGCACCUUUUGUGUUUUUCAUUUCUAGAUCAAAUUCAGUGUGAAUCUAUCCUUGUUGUGUUAUAUGCCUAAGAGGCUGGCCCUGAAAAAUACUCUAGUUUCCCGGCGUUGGGAAAAUC